UCUACCCGAAAAAACCGCAAGAAAAUUGAAUCUUCAGCCUUUGUUCUGUUCCAGCGUGGCCUACGGCUACGUGCCAGAUACUAUUAGCAAGGAAAAAAAACCCAAAAAAAAUAAAAAAUAAACAAAAAAAAAAAGUCAGAGAAUUAGGAAAUUUUCAUUUUUCAACAUUCUGAAAUAAGAAAGAAUUUUGCUCCUUUCACAACUGAUCUAAGAGAGAGAAGACUCUAAAGAAAUAAUCUUUUUGCUCUAAAAAUCUCAUUUUUUUUGGGAAAUUAAUUUUUGAGCAAAUUCUGUGAGCUGGGAAAAUUUCUUUGAUUUUAAUUAUGUCUUAAAAGAAUUUGAUUACAUACUGAAUUUCAGAGAAUUGAGUGAUUUUCUUUCCUUUUUUUUGGUGAUUUGAUACACAUGAGAGAUAUGAUGAUGAAUUAUUGUAGAUGUGAGAUGAGAUAGAAAUUUUUCUGGGGAAAUUAUAGUUUUUUGGGUUUUCAGAAAGUUUCAAAUGAUGGGAACAAAUAAACCCAAGAGACUGUUUGAAGUUUGGAAGGGCAAUAAUAAAUUUCUAUGUGGAGGAAGAUUGAUAUUUGGACCUGAUGUGGCAUCAAUGUUUUUGUCAAAUGUUUUGAUUGCCGGACCAGCAUUGGCAUUUUGUAUAAAGAUGUUUCUGAAGGGGAAAGACAAUAGUAAAUGGUAUCCUGUAGCAGCUAUUGGACUUUUCCUGACCAUCUUGGAUUUAACUUUUCUAUAUAUGACAUCUGGGAGAGAUCCCGGGAUAGUUCCUAGAAAUUCAAAGCCCCCUGAACCAGAAGAAGUAUCCGAUAUAAGUAUGACAAACCCGUCAAUGGAGUGGGUCAAUGGAAGGCACCCACAUUUGAGGAUACCUAGAGUGAAAAACGUAUUCGUGAAUGGUUACACCGUUAAGGUGAAGUUUUGCGACACAUGCUUGCUUUAUCGUCCUCCUCGUGCUUCCCAUUGCUCUAUUUGUAACAACUGUGUACAACGUUUCGACCAUCACUGCCCCUGGGUUGGUCAGUGCAUCGGACUUCGAAACUAUCGUUUCUUCUACCUGUUCAUAUCUACAGCAACAAUCUUGUGCUUAUACGUCCAUAUAUUUUCUUGGAUUAGCAUUGUGCAUCAACGAAGGGGUAUUUUGAAGGCUAUGACACGGGAUAUCCUCUCUGUUUUCUUGAUUGUAUAUUGCUUCAUAGCUGUUUGGUUUGUUGGAGGCCUGACUGUUUUCCAUUUCUACCUCAUCAGCACCAACCAGACAACUUAUGAGAAUUUUCGCUACCGGUAUGAUAAAAAGGAGAAUCCACAUAAUAAAGGGAUACUCCGCAACUUCAAAGAAAUAUUUUUUUCUCCAUUGGCUCCUUCACUGAACAAAUUUCGAGCAAUUGCGUCCGAAGAAGAGCAAAUACCAGAUGAACGAAUCCACCCGUCGUUUAGAGUGGAUAUAAGCUCAAAGGAGAAAAUAGACAUUGAAAUGGGUGAUAAGUAUCAAAAUGAUGAAGAAGACCAUUCACUUCCUAAAAUUUUGCGGAAUUUAAGCUAUGAAUAUAUUGAGGAAAAUUUGAAAACUAAAGAUGGUGGAGAAGGAAUGAUUGCAGACCCAUUUUUGGUUGAUGAAGAACCUGGACCAUUGUUGCAUAAUUCCCUUGCUGGAGAUGAGUUUAAUGGUGAAAAGCUUUAUCAAAGAAGUAGCUCUUUUGAUGCCGCAGAGCCAAGCACACGAGAACCCAGGCUCGAUCAUCGCCCAUCUGUAUAGGUUGAUACUAAUAUCAACUAAGGUGUUCUUGUUCUGGACAUAAAGGAUCUGAAUCUUUUAUGGGGUUCAGAGUAAUAAUGCACAUAAAAUCAUGUUUAAGACUUGGUGGUGCUUUGGUGGAGAAGAAUUUGAGCUCAAAAGAAAUGUCACAGACUCACUGAACUCCCCUUUUUUUUUUCCUUGGAGAACUUUUUAACAAUUUUUGUACUUGAGAAUUCAUAUUGUAACUUCUUUGUAGACUUUUUUUUUUUUUUCUUUUUGAAUUAUAGUUUUGUAGGGUUUGAAGAGCUUUGAAGUGACAAUCUUGCCUUUUAAUUUUAUAGGGUUGCUUCAACAAUGUAUCAUUCUACUUUGCUCCAAAUUCUACUCUUACUCGCAACUGUAUAGUAUUGCCUACUAGUUUUGAUAAUACAUGGAUUGGUUGAUUCUUAUUUUUCA